AUGAUUUUUUGUUUAAAAAAAAUUGAAGUUCUUUAUCAGUUAACACUAGUCUCAGAGCCCUUUCCAUGGGCAUUAAUUAGUGUUGGUUCAAUUGAUUGUAUUGUUGAUAUUAAAGUAUCACCGUUUGAUGCUCUUUGUGACUUCUCAGUAAAUUCAUUACGAAUUGAAUUAAAACAGGUUAUUGAACAAUCAUUAGAAUCAACUGCAAUUAUUCCCAUUACAUCAUCAUAUAGCGUUCCUUUGGUUAUUAAUGAUAUUCAAAAUAAAAUUCUUCAUUGGAAGGAUAACACAACAAGAAGAAUUGGAUUACGAUAUGUUCUGAUGAAACAAUGGUUCCUUGUUAUUUAUUUGUUUAGUUUAUUUGGUGAAAACAUCUUAAAUGAAUUUUUUGAUAAACCAUCCGAAUAUUUUCAAACAGAAUUAUUCAAAUUCAUUCAGCGCCAUUUCUUCAAGAACCAAUUUGAUUUCACCUCAAUCUAUAAAUUCUUAAAUAUACUUAACGAAACAAUUAUUGCUGUAAAGAAUCCUUCUCUUCUUUCUUCAGAAAUUGAUAAAAUAAAGAAGGUGAUAGGGAUUUUUGAGAAAACUGGAAGGAGUAAAAGAGAAAGACAUUUUGAAGAAUAA